GGGGUGUUUUAACAAAGGAGGAGAGCGAGAGUUUAUGGAAAAAAUAAGUGAAUCCGCCCAAUCCCAAUCGCUGGUAGUUGAGAAUUUUCAAGAGAUGGAAGAAGAAGAAACGCAAGUAGAUGGAGGAAAGAAGAUUCGGAUACAUGUUGGGGGAUUGGGAGGGAGCGUGACGGAGGAGGAUCUGCAUCGGAUGUUUGGUGCAGGAGGAAACGUGGAGGGAGUAGACAUUGUCAGAACUAAAGGUCGAAGCUUUGCCUACGUCGACUUCCUGCCUUCCUCCGACAAGUCCCUCUCCAAGCUAUUUACCACGUACAAUGGGUGCUCGUGGAAGGGAGGGAAGCUGAGACUCCACAAGGCUAAAGAACAUUAUCUUGUUCGUUUGAAACGAGAAUGGGCUGAAGAAGAUGCUCAACUUCCGCCGGCAGAUAUUAAGCCCAGCAAACCUCUUCCUCCUUCGCAAGAAUCACGGACCAAGCAGCUUCGGAUUUUCUUUCCUGCAAUGAUGUCACAAGGGAAACUGCAAAUAAUUGGAUUCUACACUUAG